AUGCCCACAUUCCAAGAAACUAAAGUUGGCUGGAUCGUGACUGGUCGCUAUACACCAAAUACUAAACAAUCAAUAGCAAAAUGUAUGGUAUCAUAUUCAGAACCAAAUGAUCUUGAUGAACAAAUUCAAUUUUUAUGGCACAUGGAAGAAGUACCUCCACCAGCAAAUAAGUGGACAGCCGAACAGCAGUUGUGUGAAUCACAUUUCGUGACAAAUGUAGAAACCAAUUCUCAAGGAAGAAUCUUUGUGUAUGAAUAUGAGCAAAUGGGACAUAUGUCACUCAUUUCGAAUCCCAAUAUUAAUACUCCACACUACUUUACACCCCACCAUUGCGUUCUGCGUCCAAACAGUACAAGCACCAAGCUUAGAGUUGUGUUUGACGCCUCGGCCGUAACUUCAACAGAAAAAUCUUUGAACGAUAUUCUUUUAGUGGGACCAACUAUACAAGAUGAAUUGUUCUUACAAGUUCUUCGUUUUCGUUUGUAUAAAUAUGCGCUCACCGGUGACAUCACUAAAAUGUAUCGAAUGUUUUUGGUGCAUGAAUCGGAUCGUCCAUUUCAGCAAAUAUUGUGGAGAUCUAGUGAGACACAAGCAGUUAGUGUUUAUCAGCUCAACACUAUAACGUACGGUGUGUCGGCUUCACCAUUUUUGGCCAUACGUAGCCUACAUUUUCUAGCUGAUAAAUUCGAAGGCUCACAUCAAACAGGCGGUACAAUAAUUCGAAACCAUUUUUAUGUAGAUGACAUGAUAACAGGGGCGAACACAAUAGAUGAGCUAAUUAAAAACGAAGUUGUUUACAUUUUAUCGAAAGGUGGUUUAGAAUUAGCAAAAAUUCAAUCAAAUCACCCUGAUUUCCUAUCGGAUGACAUAUAA